AUCAGGAAGAUUUAGGGUUCAGAAACCAAAACAACUGUAUUUCUUUGAAGAAGAAAAAAACUGCUUACAAUGAGAGCUACAGCUGUAGCUGCUAAAGCCACCGGAAUUGCAACAGAAGUGAUCUUAUCAUAUGGUCCUUUAAGAUAAGUAGGCUUGUUUUUUAUGCUCUGGAAGUAUUUCUGCUUCUCUAUAAUCUUCUCCCUCGGCCUAAAUGGUGCUUCUACUCCCUCAGCGGCCAUUUCCACAGUACUGAUCUUCUAGAAUUUCUAGUGCUAAAAUUGUUCUUCUGCAUGAGAUAAACUAGUCCAGGCACCUUAUCAUAUAAACUUCUUUUCAUUUUCUUCUUCUCUCUGGAAUUUCAGAGAACCUUCUGGGAAUAAUGCUUCACCUGUCUGAUUGGCUGGUUCUGGAAGUUGCAGGAGAUGAAAACGACAAACUGUUAAAGGCAAACGUGUUUGGGAUAGGGGACACCAACAAAGGUAGCCCAUACCAAAAUCCGGUGUGCAUUUAACCUGUUUAGGGUUCCUGCUGUACUGAAUUUAUAAGGAGGUUUGGGUUAUUGGUAACUGUACUGUCUAUCAAUGAGGGAAACAAGAAGCUGUGAUGAAUGCGGCUGUACAGAGUUUGAUGGUGCUGAUGAUGGUUAUUGGUAAGGAUUCAGAUAUGCAGAAAAAAGGCAAUGGUGAUGGCAAAUUUCGUCUGCCGCGGUGGCGGGAUAGAGAUGAACCUCAUAACUCAGCUGGGGAAAGACUGGUUUUGAUUUGGUUGAGAAAUUUGAGAAAAAAGAUUCCGCUGUCUUCGUGUUUACCGAUUUGUUUUCUGGUUUGUCAUGUUGCUAGAGAGCCAAUCUUGCCAACAGAUAUAGUGGAGGGAAAGCUUCCAUAUCUGAAUGCAUUUGUCAGGAUCAGUGAAAUGCUUGCAGAGCAAUCGGGGAGAUGCCCGUUAAGUGCAGAUUUGAUGUUUAGGCCUUUUCGGAACUGGAAGUCUGAUGAUACUCAUACUGCAGAACUUCUUGGAAGUCUUGAAAUGGCGUAUGAGAAAAUCCGCGACGCACGGGAAAGUUCGGUGAACUUAUCAUCAUACCUCAUAUUGUGCAAGGAUGUUGUCUUUGCAGGAGCAGCAGUAGACAUUCAAGAGAAGAAUAGGACUGAAGACUGUUGGAAUUAUUAUGAAAAGCAAGGGGAUUUUAAAUGCUGCACUGGUAAGAGCAGCGCAGGAGAACCAGGACCUGCACAGGAUGAUGCUUCUGUUAAAGAUAGAUCAUUAAACCGGUUGAAAUCAAACAUGGAGGAAAAUGGGUUCAUUUACGUUCCUCCAAGGGAUCAGGUCAAGAAUGUCGAUUAUCUGAACCAUGCGACAAAGAACAACAAUGGGGCAAGAUCUUUUGCAGCUCAUGCAGACUACUACAUACUUCUUCAAGUUUGUGCUCUUGUUGCUGAGGCUGAAGUUCAGUAUAUGCACAAGGCUACAUUGAAGUUUGAGAAGCAGCUUGCGUGGUUAGAAAAGAAUAUCGACCAAACCUUGAAACUGAAGUCCCCAAAACCUUCUGCAAAUCUAGGUGAGGUAUCAUCAGAAGAUGAUGGCGAGGCCAUUGAACUUUGGAACGACGAGCGUAAUGCAGUUGAGGAAUCACAACAAUACAUGGAUAUGGAUGAUUCUCUUGAUUUUUCGAAUUACAAGUUCAGACUUUAAUUUGUGCCUAGAUCAACUACAUGGCGAAAUU